CCUCAAUCCCUCGUUUUGAUGGUCAUCACUAUGACCAUUAGAGUAUGUUGAUGGAGAAUUUUCUCCGGUCCAAAGAGUAUUGGAUUAUUGUUGAAGCUGGAGUUCCAGAACCAACGGCUGGUGCAAAUGAUGCACAAAGGGCACAAAUUGAGAAGGAAAAAUUGAAGGAUCUCAAGGCUAAGAACUAUUUGUUCCAAGCCAUAGAUCGGGCUAUCUUGGAAACAAUUCUUAACAAGUCUACUUCCAAGAAUAUUUGGGAUUCCAUGAAGAAGAAGUACCAGGGGAAUGAAAGAUCAAAGCGGCAACAACGUCAGGCUUUGCGGGCAGAAUUCGAAAACUCAUUGUUAAUUCAUGAGCGGAAGAUAAAUCGCCAAGACAAGCAAGAGCAAGCAAUGCAGAUUUUGCAGACACAAGCCUUGCAGACCACAGUUAAUUCAAGGGCUAACAAAAUGAGAAGAAUGAUGAUUCCUCUAUAUUCAUGGUCUGUCAUUCUAAAGAAGUCAGCAAGAAGAAUGUGUGGUAUCUGGAUACUGGUUGUAGCAACCACAUGUGGAGACAAAUCUACGUUUGCAAAUUUGGAUGAGUCUUGUCAAGACAAGGUGAAAUUUGGUGAUAAUUCCACUAUUGCAGUCAAGGGAAGGGGACAGGUAACUAUUCGUGCCAAAGAUAAUUCAAUUCAGACUAUUUCUAAUGUUCUGUAUGUACCAGAUUUGAAGUCAAAUCUGCUUAGUCUGGGACAACUUCAGGAAAAAGGAUAUGAAAUCCUUAUUAAAGAUGGAGUUUGCCAAAUUCGUGAUUCAAAACUUGGCCCAAUUGCAAAGGACACAGCUUGGUUAUGGCAUUGCCGAUUUGGACAUCUUUAUUUUGGUGGGUUGAAAGCUUUGCAGCAGAAGAAGCUGGUAAAUGGUCUUCCUCAUUUUGAUUCUCCUUCAGAAAUUUGUGAAAUCUACAUGGUCAGUAAACAGCACCGUGACAGCUUUCCUAAAGACAGAUCUUGGAGAGCAAAGCAGACCAAGUUAGAAGCCUUAGCAGCCUUUAAAAAUUUCAAAGUCUUGGCUGAGAAUGAGGUUGGCAGAUCUAUAAAGGUUCUACGUACAGAUCGUGGUGAUUUGACGCUAAAAGAGGCUUGGAGUGGACGUAGACCUGCUGUUGAUUACUUCAGAAUUUUUGGGUGCAUAGCAUAUGCACAUGUGCCAGAUCAGAAAAAGAGUAAGCUUGAUGACAAAGGGGAAAAGUGUAUUUUCCUUGGUGUUAGUGAUCAGUCCAAAGCUUACAGAUUAUAUAAUCCUUUAACCAAGAAGGUCAUCAUUAGCCGUGAUGUAGUGUUUGAUGAAGCAAGCACUUGGUCUUGGACAGAAAAAUCUGGACAACAGAUUCUUACAGAUUUUGAAAAUGGAGAAGAUCUGACUGUGCAGAACUCAGAAUGUCAAACUUCAGCAGAUCUCAAGGUUUCACGACAGACAGCUGAAGAAAGUCUACCUACAGAAGUAAAGCUCAGUACUGGAGGAAGUCUGCCAACAACACCAGAACUGGAAUUUGGAACUAGUUCUAGACCUCAACACAAAAAGAGAAGACUAGCAUGGUUGGAAGAUUAUGAGGUAACAGAUCUACCUCAAGAUGAUGUUCCAAUUAAUCAUUUUGCUUUAUUUGUAGAUUGUGAUCCAUUGACAUUUGAAGAAGCUGUUAAAGAAGAAAAAUGGCAAAAUGCCAUGGCAGAAGAAAUUAGUUCUAUUGAAAGGAACCAGACUUGGGAGUUGACAGAUCUUCUAGAAUGGCACAAAACAAUUGGUGUUAAGUGGAUCUACAAGACAAAGUUCAAAGAGAAUAGGGCGAUUGACAAAUUCAAAGCUCGCUUGGUGGCAAAAGGUUACAAGCAAGAGUUUGGCAUUGAUUAUCAAGAAGUUUUUGCUCCAGUUGCAAGGAUGGAUACCAUCAGAUUGGUAUUUAUUGAUCAACCUCCUAGUUUUGUGAAAUCUGGUUUUGAGCAUAAGGGUUACAAAUUGAAGAAAGCAUUAUAUGGACUAAAACAAGCACCUAGAGCUUGGUAUAGUCAAAUUGAUUCUUAUUUUUUAAAGGAAGGUUUUCAAAAGUGCCCUUAUGAGCAUACACUUUACAUCAAAUUUGGAGAUGUAGGUAAAUUGAUUAUAGCAUACUUAUAUGUUGAUGAUUUAAUUUAUACUGGGAAUGAUUUUGGCAUAUUGGAAAAGUUCAAGCAAUCCAUGAAGCUUGAAUUUGAUAUGACAGAUCUAGUUGAUAAAGGUGUAAAACUUGUGAAAGAUCCAGGAGGCAGAUUUGUGGACAGCAAACUGUAUAAGCAGAUUGUUGGAAGUUUGAUGUAUCUGACAGCAACAAGACCAAAUAUAAUGCAUGGUGUAAGUUUGAUUAGCAGAUAUAAGGAGCAUGCAAAGGAGUUGCACUUGCAGACUGCUAAAAGAAUUCUCAGGUAUUUAUGUGGAACUGCAGAUUUUGGACUAUUCUACAAGAAGGGUGAUCAAACAAAUCUCGCAGGCUUUACAGAUAGUGAUUAUGCUGGAGAUCUGGAUGAUAGAAAAAGCACUUCUAGGUUUGUUUUUAUGUUGGGAUCUGGUGAAAUUUCAUGGUCUUCAAAGAAGCAGCCCAUUGUGACUUUGUCCACAACAAAAGCGGAGUAUGUGGCAGCAACUUCUUAUGCUUGUCAAGCUAUUUGGUUGAGAAGAAUUAUGGAAGAACUUGAGCUGAAUCAACAUGAGGCCACUUCAAUUUAUUGUGAUAACAGUUCAGCCAUCAAACUUUCUAGAAAUCUAGUUUUGCAUGGGAGAAGCAAGCAUCUACAUGUGAGGUAUCAUUUCUUGAGCAACUUGGUAGAAGAUGGAACAAUUAAGUUGAUUUAUUGCAGAACAGAAGAUCAAGUGGCUGAUAUAUUCACAAAACCCCUCAAAGUAGCAGCUUUUUCAAAACUGAGAGAGUUACUUGGUGUUUGCAACAUGCAAAAUUCAGUUUGAGGGAGGGUCUGCAAAUUUCAGAUUGCAGAUCUACAGAUAUGGUAUUAUCCAAAUUUCUUUAAACUAAAGUCUGAAGACUUUCAGUUUAAGGGAGGGAUUGUUGGAAAUUAGAUCCUAUUAUUUAGCCAUUAUCUCUAUAAUUUAGGAUGUUUAAGUUAUUUAUUUGUUUUAGGUUGUUAUCAUUUAAAUUAGAUUAGAUAAGAUUGGUUAGUUAUCUUUUUAGAUAAUAUUAUCUUAUAAAGACUAUUUAAAGGC